UUUUUUAAGCCCUAGAAGCCGUUGACGUGGGGCAAUGAUGUGGACAAAGAAAAGCUUAUCAUCAGCUUUUCCACGCCACCUACUGUCUUCAUGGCGGCUUUGUCACAUUGAUAGAGGUCAAGAGCCAAAUUUUCUUACACCCUUUAGCCCUUUAUAUAUGUAUAAGCCAAGCUCCUUCCUUCUCCGAUCAACCCAUAGCCCUUCUUCUGCCGACCUUUAACCACUCGCCAUCUUUUUUUCAUGGCCACCCAAGAAGUGGGUAUCAAGCUCUUUGGCACUACUAUUACGUUACAUGCUAGACAAAUCAAAGAAGAUCAAAAUAAUCAAGAAAAUCCAUCGCCUGAAAAGAGGCCGGAGAAGAUCAUCUCAUGCCCUAGAUGUAAGAGCAUGGAGACUAAAUUUUGUUACUUCAACAACUAUAACGUUAACCAGCCUAGGCAUUUCUGCAAGGGCUGCCAGAGAUACUGGACAGCAGGUGGGGCUCUUCGUAAUGUUCCCGUUGGUGCUGGUCGCCGGAAAAAUAAGCCGCCUUGCCGUGGUGGACUUGGUGGGUUUCCUGAAGGAUGCUUGUAUGAUGGUUCAGGUGAUGUGCAUCAGAUUGAGCUGGAUAGUGGGCUGCUGCUUAAGGAGUGGCUCUUGGUCGCCGACGACGGUUCCCGGCAUGUUUACCCCAUGAAGCGUCGGAGGAGAAGUUCAGGUUGUCAAACUUCUUGAUUUUGACAUUUUGUCUUUAUCAUCAUCAUGCAGGAGAAAUCAACAUGAAGCUCAAUGAGCACUCAUAUUUGGAUGUUGAGAGAUGGAGCUGACCACCGAGAUUGAUGUAAAAUAUCAGUAGGUCCAGAUCAUCAUCAGAGGAUAUGAUCCCAUUCGAUCAAAUUUUGAGGCUAUGGAGAUUCAUCUAAAGAUGCAGAUGAAUCUAUCAAUACCAGCAGAUUGAAUUGAUAGACUCUACCAAUUCAUUAUGAUUGUUAAUCAAGAAAAAAAAAAAAAGAAAAACUCUCAUCAGAACUCCUUUUGUAGAUAUGAUUAUGCCUAAAGAAAAAUUGAUAUUGUUACUGGAGCCUUGUAAUGCAAUUUUUACAGGUCAAAAUAAAAAUAUUAAAUAUUAUAAAUAUUAAA